AUGAGUUAUCACAAAUUCAAUGAAUCACAAAGGGAACAGCUUGUGCUCAGGAGGUUGAACCCAGAAGCAAAGCUCGAAACUUUCUUGCAGUGGCUUCAGGCAAAUAGGGUGGAACUACGAGGUUCCAAUAUCAAGUACUGUGAUUCCAGAAAAGGGUUCGGCAUUUUUUCUAAUAAAAAUGUUUCUGAUGGGAUUUUGUUGGUUUUUCCACUUGAGUUAGCAAUUACUCUCUGA